AAUUAGUAUGGCAAAUCGAGCAAAGAUUCCCGAUAGUUGGUCUUGAAGUGCCUAGCGGGACACUCUGAAUAUGCACCGUUGGUUGGAAGUUGGGAUCCUUUUGACUGCUCUCUCCAUGGGAGGAGGAAACUUUUCGUCGGGCUCCUUUAAUUGUAAGUAGAUAGAACUGAAUCUUGAAGGGAUUGCUUAGGUAGACAUCCAUGAGAAGUGACCCUCUACAGGCAAAUGCCGGCCCUGUAUCAGCUCGAUGACUACGAUCUCUGCCUGGAUAGGCCCAGUGGCACCUAUUGCAUGGUUUAUGUGGAGAUAUUACCCAACGCAAGUUCUACACUCUGGCAUCAAAUCAACGAAGUGUCGCAGGAUGCCAAACACCGAUUUCGCCACGAUCGUGUCUUUAGGGGCGUUUGUCUGGAAACCUGCAAGGAAAAGUUGAUGGACGCAGUUGAGUGGGGGGAGUACGAAAAGGCGGAAAUUCUAGACGCAGAGUUAAACUCCUACUACAAAAGGGUGCACCAGCGACCGGCUGAUACAGACGAGCGCCUCCUCUACGAAGAGUUGGUCAACAGCUGUGUGAACCUUGAGUUCGGUGAGAAAUUCUCGUUGAAAACUCGUAGUCUUAUCGAGUAUUGUGUGACGGCAGAAGAGAAACUAGGGCACGAUGGUCUCGAUCUGACGUUUUACGCUCUUCUGAUCUGCAUUGUCCUGCUCACUGUGUGUUCCUCAAUUUACGAUUAUCGACUCAGCAAGAUAAAUUUACAGCAGUCAGAGAAGUUCUACCAAGAGGCACUUCAAGGGCGCAGACAGCAAUUGCUCACCUCCUUUUCGGUGGUCCGAAACUACUAUCGACUGACCGAACCGCACGCAACUGACUUUUCGCGUGAUAUAAGGUUUUUUGACGGAUUUCGGGUUAUAGGUGUAUUUGUGGUGAUCCUGGGGCACACACUAAUGGUUUUUAUGACAGUACCGAUUGAGAAUCCCGAGUUCUACGAGCAGUUCCUAUUCAGGUUCGAAACGGCCGUAUUUCAAAACGGCAGCUUGGUCAUCCAGAUAUUUUUUGUAAUGAGUGCUUUCCUGCUCUACGUGAAUUUCACCGAACGCGAAAUGGUUCUCCCAAAGACUGGAGCCCUCGAUUGCAUUUCAGUUUACUUCCGUGUGUUUUUUAAGAGAUAUUUUAGACUCCUGCCGUCCCUCCUCGCCCUUAUUCUGUUCAACGGAACACUACUGGUGCGCCUCCAAAAUGGACCUUUUUGGAGGCAUAUUUCCGAGGCUGAGCGGGUAUUUUGCCGCACAAACUGGUGGAAGAACGUAUUCUUUGUGACGAACCACAUGCUGGAAGAAAGUUGCUCCCACCAGACUUGGUAUUUGGGGGCAGACAUGCAGCUAUUUGAGCUCUUUCUCAUCGUGAUUGUUAUAAGCAAAAAGCACCCAAAGCUAUCAAAGUUGAUCUACAUAACCCUCUCAAUACUUGCUGUAGCAGUGCCUGCUAUAUUGACAUACAUUUUAGAGUUGGAUGCUAUCUAUCACCUUCGACCAGAAACCUAUCGCUACUUGUACUUCCGGCACUCCGAAACAUUUUACCACAUGUAUCCGCCCUUCUACACGAAUCUUGGAGGAUAUCUUUUCGGGUUUCUGUGCGGUCAUCUUUACCUGAAGCAGCGAAGCAGAGCAGCAAAGCUCCGGGGUCAUCUUAAAUAUGAAUUGGCCUUAUGGCUGCUUGUGCCGGCUGCAUUGGUGGUUCUCUUCUCUGGCUAUAUCUUUAUAAGCCAGGACUUUUCGAAGCCAUCUCUUUGGUUGGCCUUGUAUGCAGGUUCUCAUAAGAACUUGUGGCUGCUGAUCUGCGCGGGAUUUGUGUUCUUGAUGUGCUGUAAGGUUGGAGGGGCGGCCUAUGACUUCUGCACGCUGCCUGUUUUUCGUCCUUUGGCAAGAAUAUCAUAUCAAUCAUUCCUCUGGCACGUUGUCAUCCUGAGAAUGGUAGCAGGUUACUUUAGACAACCCGUCUAUGUGACUAGUUUUUACUUGACGUGUAAUGUGUUGAGUGUCUUUGCGCUCACUCAAUUUGCGGCUGCUCUGGUGGCGCUGCUGCUGGAAUAUCCUUUUGGAGAGGUGCUGCGUUGCUUGAUGCGCCCAGAGAAAGGGCAGCAAGAAUGUAACAAAGAAAUUCAAAUGAAUCGCGCGCCGUCAGCUGUUUAGAGUGACCUUGUGCCGCUCCAGGGAUGCAGCACUUCAACGCUGGCUAUUUUGUGGCAAGUGUUGUUAACAACUUUGAUGGCUAUUUUCUGCAAUAAAUUUAAAUGUACUCAAUUAAAAGAUAUACAUUUUAAACUAUAUUUACCUUUCAAGCGGAAAAUAUGAAUGACAUUGUAUACCAAUAUCCAUCGUCUCUGCUUCUUUUUACACUGCUACAUUUUUUUUAGCG